AUGUAUAGUGAUUACAAGACUUAUGCUGAUGUGAAAGCUAUAGAAAAAUGGGAACCAACACCAGUAAUAUUGGAUGAAUGCUUUGUAGCAUUAUCUUCGUACGAAUACAAAAAUCGAAAUAGAAAAGUGAAAUUCUGCGAAUUGCCUGUAUCGUGCAAGAAUGUUUUGAAGACUGGUACAGAUGUUGGAUUUGCUCUAUCUCACAGGAUUUUAUUCCUAGCCGCAGCUCGCCUUGGAGUGGGUUGCUUUUUAUUGGGGAAGUUACAGGACGAUGUUUUAAAAGGGAAGCUGUGUCGGGAGGCCUACGACGAAGGACGGUACAUUGCUAUGAACGGUUACGAUUUUAUUGGCCUAAUGAUGGAAUAUGUUGCUGUAUGUUCUAUGUUGGGCCAUACGGAGUUUCUUCGACGUGACUGGCUAGAAGAAAGCAUACGUCAUCAAACUACGGCUGGAUGCUUCAACGAUCCUUCUAAUGCUAUAGAUAAAGACGUGUCUCAUGAAAUGGAACGCCCCUGCGACAUGCACGUGACGGGCGUAAGUGUAGCCGCCAUCACCUCCGCUGUCAGGUGGAUACUGGAGACUGACUAUUUUUCGGAUAACACUAUAUAUGAGGAUAAGAAAAUGCCCUUACUACCUUUCCUAAGACGGGAUUAUUUAAUAAAUUCGGAUUAAGACGAAAGCAAUAAUUUACUCCACCUGGGGUAUAUUUUCUAAAAAAAGUGCAGGCGUUAUUGUGUGGAAAUCCAUUUGAAUAAAAAUAAAUUAUUAAUUAUUAAUAGAAGUAAAUUAUUUUGCUAUUUCCCGAAUCCAGUGACUGUUAUAUCGUGCAAAAUAGCUGGGUUUGUAUUGGAUAUUUUUUCCAUGCAGUACAUUCUACCACCUGUUUCUUCGGCGUCGACCUUUGAACAAUCAAUAACACCUUAGGAUGCCUUGAAAAGAGGCAAAACACGUGUCGGGUAUAUUUGUGGUGGUGGUAUUUGUGAUUGUACAUGCGCUUGUGUCAUAUAUGUAAUUAAUUUUAUGCGUGGAGAGGGUGGAAAAAGAACUAUAUGAAAAAAUUCAAUUUAUGAGUAGCAUUUUGAACGAUUUAAUCUUCGCUGGGUUCGCG